CGAGAGGAAGAGCGCCAAGAUGCUAUUCUUGUCCUGCGGAGUGAGGACGUUUGGCCGCAUAAACUUGAAGCCAUGCUCGUUGCUCUGCGAUCUCGCUUUUGACUUUCCAGUUUGCGAUCUCGCGACAUGCAAUUGCAUUUCACAUUCCAUUUUCACAUCGGUGUAGUUUCAUUCUAUUUGGACAGGCAGUUGCGUAGUGGAACAAGUAAACCGAACGGAGAUAACAAAAUGCCAAGUGAACGGACAAGCAAGAUGCUGUGCCAGCCCGGAAUGGAGCUCCUCUACGCAGACAUUGCAUUUAACGACGCACGGCGCCCUUUCCGGGAUUUAAAACACGGGUCUUCUUUCGCGACACUGCGUGAGUCUCUGGAUCUGACGAAUGCGGAGAAGGACAGGAAGCUUCAAGUGAUUACCGAGCAGGUAUUUGAGCUAUCAUUUCCAUGUAAAAUUGUAGGUCUAGAACAAGAAGAUUUGUUUCAUCAGCACGGUCUCUUUGGAAGUUUUCGAACAGAUUACUGUACACAGUUUCACAAACUGUCACCUCGCUCGACUGUAAAAGAAACGUUGCACGUCACAACACUUUCAGGCCGCCGUUUCUUUCGCUGGUUGCUUCAGGCAGCACCUGAUCCGACUGACGGAGGCCCAGGACCAUUUGCUAUCUUCCAACCGCGACUAUAACGGCGAGGAAAAGAUCCACCGCGGCUGUCCUCCCGCCGUCGACUUUGAAAUCAUGACGUGCUUUCUGCUCAAUUGCGCGACCAUCGACCUGGAGACCGACCUGGUGCAAACCGAGAGGGGCUGUUUUUUCCAAUUUGGAGAGGAGGAGCUGAAGAUCGAAUUUGGACCGGAGAGCAUUCGCGGCGAGUGUGUUAUCCACCACUUACGGUGUGAGUACGAUCCGGAGGAGAAAUUUUGUCACAUGUACGCCACGGUCACGAUGCCGUGACGAAAAGGGAAAGUUUUCGAUUCAGUUUCUCUGUGUCAUCUGUUUCCCGAAAUAAAACGUACUGACUUCAGUAUUUCGAGCUAAAAUGUAACUGAUUCUCUUCACGUAAUAACGUAUCUAAAACUGUUUUCAGAGAUUGACUGAUUUUGCCAGGAAAAAUUCAAAUUUUGCAAACGAAUAUUUCGAUGACGAUACGUAGUCCUCACCGGGUGUGCGACUGGACCUCCAAAAGUUUCGACUUUAAUGCAAGAUCCAGGACCAUCUCCACCAACACCAUCGAGAUGGGCAUCUCGAUAUUGACAGAAGUAGAACUGUAGUUUGCGG